GGAUCGAGCAGCUGCAGAGGCAAAAUGCAGGUGAUGAUUGUACACAGACACACACACUACAUACAUAGUCCAGUUGAAGUUUAAUGACUUACAUUGACUUUGUUCUGUUAACAGAGAGAAAGGUGGCUUUUUACACAUCUCUGACUAAUAGAGGACAUGUUGGAUUUAGUGAAACAGACAUGCUACUGAAAUUCAAUCAAGUCUACACCAACAUCGGUGAUGCUUACAAUCCAUCUACAGGUUUCUUCACAGCACCAGUCAGAGGGGUCUACUACUUCCAGUUCACUCUGUGUGGUGUCAUGGCAGAAACCAUGGGUGUCAUGGUGUACAAGAACAACAAGAAGAUCAUGCGGAAUGAGGAGUAUAAGAGAUGGUCAGGUCAUCAAUAUUUGACUAACUCUGUUGUCUUGGAGCUGAUGGCAGGAGAUGAAAUCUCCCUCGUUCUCCCAUCAGACUUUCUUCUCUAUGACGAUGGAGACAACAACACCACCUUUAGUGGCUCCCUCCUCUUCACACUGUGAGGAUUCCUUCAGGCUGCUGCAUGACUCCUUAUUGGCUACACUGUGAUUUACUGCAUGUACCAAAUAAUGAGAUUCUGCAUCUGACUUCUCUGUUGUGUCAUCACAUGAAAGCAACAUUGAAAUAAAUCUGUGAAGCA